AUGGGGUCUCUACGGUCAAUUGCGAGCCGACCGGCGGCACAACUGGCACGAGCAGCUCGCCCGGGUGUAGGGGUACCGCUGGCCGCUUAUGGCCGCGCUUUUUCGGUUCUGAACCGGCCGCCACCGGAAUACGAAGGCCAUGUUCCCUUGACGCUGGUCGAGAAGGCGGCCCUGACGGUCGGCUCUGCCCUUGGAGCCUUUAUUGAUCCCUAUAGGGCAGAUCUGAUUGCGACCCUGGGCGAGGUCUCGGCAGGUCCGGUGGCUCGGCAGCUCCGCGACACGAUGCUCAGCGACGAGACGGGCCGGCAGAUUCUGCGUGAGCGGCCGCGCAUCACGUCCGAGACGCUGCCGCUGGACGAGCUCCUGGCGUUGCCCGAAAACACCGUCGGCCGCGUGUACGGCGAGUUUCGGCGGCGGUACCACAUCUCGCCCGACGUGCGCGACAAAGUCCGAUACGUGGACAAUGCCGAGUGCGCUUACGUGAUCCAGCGCUACCGCGAGUGCCACGACUUUUACCACGCCGUGCUCGGGCUGCCGCCGCAGUACGUUGAGGGCGAGAUCGCACUCAAGGCGUUUGAAUUUGUCAACACCGGCUUGCCCAUGACCGCGCUCAGCCUUGUCGCGGUAGCUCGCCUCAAACCCGCCGAGCGCAAGCGCUUCUUCAGCAUCUUCCUGCCCUGGGCCCUACGCAGCGCCCGCAAGUCCAAGCCCAUCAUCAACGUGUACUGGGAAAAAGAGCUGCGGACAGACGCCGCCGAUCUGCGCGCCCGGCUCGGGCUUGAGAAGCCGCCAAAUUUGCAUACACUCCGCAAGAAGCCAAAGAAAUAG